AGGAGCUCUGCCAGUGUCGGCCAGGUGAGGGCAAUUGUUCCUGCUGUAAGGAGUGCAUGCUGUGUCUGGGGGCCCUUUGGGACGAGUGCUGUGACUGUGUUGGUAUGUGUAAUCCUCGAAAUUACAGUGACACACCUCCAACUUCAAAGAGCACAGUGGAGGAGCUGCACGAGCCCAUCCCUUCUCUCUUCCGGGCACUCACAGAAGGAGAUACUCAGUUGAAUUGGAAUAUUGUUUCCUUCCCUGUUGCAGAAGAACUUUCACAUCAUGAGAAUCUGGUUUCGUUUUUAGAAACUGUGAACCAGCCACACCACCAAAAUGUGUCUGUUCCCAGCAAUAAUGUUCACGCACCUUAUUCCAGUGACAAAGAACACAUGUGUACCGUGGUUUAUUUUGAUGACUGCAUGUCCAUCCAUCAGUGUAAAAUAUCCUGUGAGUCUAUGGGAGCAUCCAAAUAUCGCUGGUUUCAUAAUGCCUGCUGUGAGUGUAUUGGUCCAGAGUGUAUUGACUAUGGUAGUAAAACUGUCAAAUGUAUGAACUGCAUGUUCUGAAUACGGAAAAGAAAUGCAACCAAAGCAAUUUAGUCAAGACGAGGGUAUGGAAAGUUAUUCAGU